UUUGGAUUCAUCCCUGUAAUUGUUUACGACUAUACAGUAUAAACACAUUUUAACAAUUCUUCCGCCACGGACCACCGCUUAGGCGAUCUCCGGCCGCCGCGGGCAACGGUGCUUCAACUUUUUACUCCUCUCUCUUCCUCUUCUACUCAUGAUUCUCGCGUCUCCAUCGCUCUCGUUUUCGUCUCGAAGCUUUCUGUGACUCCGCACUCGAUCUCGUUCUCGCCCUCAGACGCCGCCAUGCCCAGCUACGGUUUUUUUACCCCUGUAACACUACCAUUCAUCUUCGAAGGACAAAAAGGAGAAUCCGUCGAAUCUUUAUCCCUCGGAUACAGUGGCCAAUUGUGUUGCUGCGGUAGUCACUGUGUACAUACAGAUACAGAGAUAAAUAAUUAAUUUUAAUUUUAGACCCUUCUUCUUCUUCUUCUAACUGAAACCGCAGCCACCCAUACUCAGAAAAGAGUACAACGGCGACUUCUGCGAGGGCUUUUUCCCCUCCUGAAACAGCUUCACUGAAAGAGGUAGAUAGAUAUUUCUGUUGUUGGGUGGCAAUGGAAGUUUUGCUACCAAAACUUCCUUCUUUCAAAUUUCCAAGUGCCACUUAUUGCUGCUCGAUCACUAGUAGGAGCUCAUCAUAUGUCAGAUUUGGGUUCCGUCGCGUAUCUGUUUGUGCAUCAACUGUCAAUGAAGCAGUAGCUGAACCAAUUGUUGGUUUCCUUUCUUUGGGUCACUCCACCCGACCCCAUUUCCCCAUACUUCACCAGGAAGUAAAUGGCUCAAAACUUGUUUACUUAGACAAUGCAGCAACUUCUCAAAAGCCCACCGCUGUAUUGAAGGCAUUGCAAAACUAUUAUGAAGCUUACAAUUCAAAUGUGCAUCGGGGCAUACAUUUCUUGAGUGCAAGGGCCACAGACGAGUAUGAAUCAGCUAGAAGGAAAGUUGCUUCUUUUAUAAAUGCUAUCGAUUCCAGAGAGAUUGUAUUCACAAAAAAUGCUUCUGAAGCUAUCAAUCUUGUUGCUUAUUCUUGGGGGUUGUCAAAUUUAAAACCUGACGAUGAGAUCAUACUUACAGUUGCUGAACAUCACAGUGCGAUUGUUCCUUGGCAAAUAGUAGCUCAAAAAACAGGGGCUGUUUUGAAAUUUGUGGAUUUAAACCAAGAUGAAAUUCCAGACAUAGACAAGUUGAAAGAAAUGCUCUCAAGGAAGACCAAAAUAGUUGUUGUCCAUCAUGUUUCAAACGUGCUUGCUUCUGUCCUUCCUAUUCAAGAUAUUGCACAAUGGGCACAUGAUGUUGGAGCAAAAGUUCUUGUAGAUGCUUGCCAGAGUGUUCCACACAUGAUGAUUGAUGUCCAGAGCCUUAAUGUUGAUUUUCUUGUGGCUUCUUCUCACAAGAUGUGUGGCCCUACAGGCAUUGGAUUCUUAUACGGUAAAAUAGACCUCUUGUCUUCCAUGCCUCCAUUUUUGGGUGGUGGUGAAAUGAUUUCUGAUGUAUAUCUUGAUCAUUCAACUUAUGCCGAACCUCCAUCCAGAUUUGAAGCUGGAACACCAGCUAUUGGGGAAGCAAUUGGUUUAGGAGCAGCCAUUGAUUACUUAUCUGGGAUUGGUAUGCAAACUAUACAUGAUUAUGAGGUGGAGCUGGGUAGAUAUCUGUAUGAAAGGCUUCUUUCAGUCCCAAAUAUUCGCAUCUAUGGGCCAGCGCCUUCAGAAAAAGUCGAACGAGCUGCCCUUUGUUCUUUUAAUGUUGAGAAUUUGCACCCUACUGAUCUUGCAACACUUCUGGAUCAACAGCAUGGAGUGGCAAUCAGAUCAGGUCACCACUGUGCCCAGCCUCUCCAUCGCUAUUUAGGCGUCAGCUCAAGUGCACGUGCUAGUCUCUAUUUUUAUAACACAAAGGAGGAUGUAGACAACUUUAUCCAUGCCCUCAAUGACACAGUCAGCUUUUUCAGUUCAUUGAUGUAAGUGGAAUGUAUUUUUAUGUAUAUUAUAUUUUGUUUAUACACGAAUGAGAGGGCUUGCUUGGUAGGACAAGCUGCAUCAAUGAAAUGUUCUUGAAUUUCAUUCCUCCUGUUCAUAUCAUUGGCUGGUAAUAGGCAUCCACUAAUAGCAGUAUUGCAACCUAUCUACCUCCUGAAUUUUUGUGUAAAGAAAAUGCUCAAAACGCAUUAAAAUCUUUUCCCUCUUGAUGUUGGAAGGUGAAUGUUGUAUCCACUUUUACUUUUGACAGGAAUAACAUAAUGCAUAUUUUUGUGCUUA